AUGGGGCGCACGGUGCUCUCCGAUGAAGAAGGUAUGUUUUUUUCGCUGAUUUCUGCGGUUUUCGUGGUGAUUUGUGUGCAUUUGCUGAUGGAAAUUGGUGGCUUUGUUGGAACCCUAGAAGAUGAGAUUGAGGCCGACGAGGAGGAUCCGCGGUCCUCCCGGAGGGGCAGGGACGAUAUGGACGAGCACGACGAUGAUGACGAUGAUGAAGAUGACGAGGAUGGUCAGGAUGAAUUUGAGAAGGAUGACUUCAUAGUGGACGAUGAGGAAGAAGAAGUGGAAGGAGAGGAAGAGGAACAGAAGAGUGAUGAUGAGAGGCGAAAGAAAAAAAAAAAAAGAAGAGAGAUAUUACCCAGGGAAUCAGAGGACUUCAUGCUUGAUGAGGAUGACUAUAUGUUGCUCCAGGAUAAUAACAUCACUGGCAUCAGUCGCCCAAAGCCUGGAAACAAGUUUAAGCGCUUGAAAAAGGCUGGAAGGGAAUCUGAAAUGGAUGAGCGCUCUGGUUUUUCAGAUGAUGAUGGAACAGGGAAAAAACGCAGUGGCAAGGAGAGAGUGGAGUACAGUUUAUUUGGUGAUCAUCAAGAUACUGUGCCGUUUGAAGAGGACUUCGAGGACGAUCAGCAGGCAGGGGAGGGUGAGGAGGAAGUUGGUGAUGAUGAAGAUGAAAUGGCAGAUUUCAUUGUGGAGGAAGAUGAAAUCGAUGGGAAUGGACAAGUUGUAAGGAGGAAGAAAUUUAAAAAGAAGGUACCACGACAAGCAGCAGGUGUAUCGUCAUCUGCUCUGCAAGAGGCCCAAGACAUAUUUGGUGAUGUUGAUGAGCUGCUAGCGCUAAGAAAGCAAGAGCUUGAGAGGGAGGCUGCUAACUCUGUUGAGUUAAGAGGGGCGAGGCUUGAAGAUGAGUUUGAGCCAUUUAUUCUUGCAGAGAAGUAUAUGACAACAAAAGAUGAGCAAAUAAAAGAAAAUGAUGUCCCUGAGAGGAUGCAGAUUCCGUUCAUUGCAAUGUACAGAAAAGAGAGUUGUCCAACCCUAUUAAAAGGCCUCGAUUCUGAUGAGGGUAAUGAUGAGGAUAAUGAAGAUAAGAAAUCUGAUGCACGCAAAAUGAAGUGGCAUAAGUUGCUCUGGGCAGUUCAGACCUUAGACAGAAAGUGGCUACUUCUUCAGAAGCGCAAGGUUGCUUUGCAGUUGUAUUAUGAGAAAAGAUUUGAUGAUGAGAAACGGAGGAUAGAUGAUGUCACAAGGCAAGAACUUAAUAGCCAACUUUAUAAUUCCAUCAUUGAAGCACUAAAGGAUGCUAAAUCUGAGAAAGAGGUGGAGGAUGUUGAUGCAAAAUUCAAUUUACAUUUUCCUCCUGGUGAAGUAGAAGAAGAGGGCCAAUUUAAACGUCCUAAAAGGAAAUCCUUGUACAGUAUCUGUCACAAGGCAGGGUUAUGGGAGGUUGCCAACCAAUUUGGGCGCAGUGCUGAGCAAUUAGGCCACCAUCUGACAUUAACUAAGAUACCUGAAGCAGGCGAGCUUGAGAGCGGUAGACAUUCUCCUGAAGAGGUUGCUGCAAAUUUCACAUGUGCAAUGUUUGAAACACCACAAGAUGUUCUUCGGGGCGCGAGACACAUGGCAGCAGUUGAGAUAGGUUGUGAGCCAAUUGUGAGAAAGCAUGUUCGAGGCAUCUUCAUGAAUAAAGCAGUUGUGUCAACAAGUCCCACACCUGAGGGCAAUACAAUCAUAGAUCCAUAUCAUCAGCUAUCGGGUGUUAAGUGGUUGAGAGAGAAACCACUUAGCAAGUUUGUAGAUGCGCAGUGGCUUCUUAUUCAGAAAGCAGAGGAAGAAAAGCUCCUCAAGGUUACUGUGAAAUUGCCAGAAGAUGCAAAGAAAAAACUCAUGUCUGAAGCACGUGAGAAUUAUCUAAGUGAUUGUGUCAGCAAGUCUGCACAACUGUGGGAUGAGCAACGGAAGAUGAUACUGGAUGAUGCCUUCUUCAAUUUCCUUCUUCCAUCAAUGGAAAAGGAAGCUCGAUCAAUGUUGAUGGCAAAAGCCAAACAUUGGCUCCAUAUGGAAUAUGGGAAACAGUUGUGGAACAAGGUUACUGUUGCUCCUUGGAGGAAGAAAGAUGCAGACAAGAAGGAUGCUGACAUUGAUUUGGAUGAUGAAUCGGAAUUGAGAGUUAUGGCCUGCUGCUGGGGUCCUGGGAAGCCAGCAACCACCUUUGUUAUGUUAGACUCCUCAGGAGAAUUGGUUGAUGUUCUGUAUGCGGGUUCUAUCAGUAACAGGUCUCAAGGUGUCGCUGAGCAGCAGCGGAAGAAGAAUGACCAGCAACGAGUCUUAAAGUUUAUGACUGAUCAUCAACCACAUGUUGUGUGUGUAGGAGCAUCAAACUACAAUUGCAGACAACUGAAGGAUGAUAUUUAUGAGGUUAUUUUUAAAAUUGUAGAGGACCAUCCAAGAGACGUUAACCCCCAAAUGGAAAAUUUGAGCGUUGUCUAUGGUGACGAGUCUGUGCCUCGCUUGUAUGAGAACUCUCGAAUAUCUUCGGAUCAACUUCCUGGGCAGUCAGGUAUUGUGAAACGAGCUGUAGCGCUUGGACGUUACCUUCAGAAUCCAUUGGCGAUGAUCGCAACACUGUGUGGACCUGGGAAAGAGAUACUUUCUUGGAAACUGCACGCACUGGAACAGUUUCUGACUCCUGAUGAGAAGUAUGAAGUUGUUGAGCAAGUAAUGGUUGAUGCAACGAAUCAGAUAGGUUUUGACGUUAAUCUUGCUGCUAGCCAUGAGUGGCAUUUUUCUACUCUACAAUUUAUUGCUGGUUUGGGUCCGCGCAAAGCUUCUGCUUUGCAGAAAGAUCUGGUAAGAGAGGGAUCCAUUUUUAGUCGCAAGGAGCUUGUCAAACCUCUAGGAAGGAAAGUCUUCAUGAAUGCUUCUGGGUUUUUACGUGUUCGGCGGAGUGGUGCAGCUGCAGCCAGUGCUCAACUCAUUGAUCUGCUCGAGGAUACAAGGAUCCAUCCUGAAUCAUAUGUAUUAGCAAAAAAUUUGGCUAAGGAUGUCUAUGUUGAGGAUGGGCAUGAAAUAAAUGAAAUGGAUGAUGACGAGCAAGAGAUGGCGAUUGAGCAUGUUAGAGCAGACCCAAAAAUGCUGAAAGGUCUUGAAAUAGAGGAAUAUAUAAAGAGCAUUUCAGAAGAAUACCGUAAAUUGGAAACUCUGUUGGAUAUAAAGGAAGAGCUGCUGUCCGGUUUUUCUGACUGGAGGACCCCCUAUACUGAGCCAAGCCCGGAACAGGAAUUCUGGAUGCUUUCUGGUGAAACUGAGGAUACCAUAUCUGAUGGAAGGAUUGUUCAAGUAACUGUUCGCAAUAUACAAGAGAACAAAAUAAUUUGCACCUUUGAUUCUGGUUUGAAAGCCAUAGUUAUGGCAGACAACUAUUCUGAUGAGGGUUUUGAUCCAGAAUCAUCACAGUUACGUGAAGGUGAUGUAUUAACUGGCAAAAUUCGAAACGUGAAUAAAAAUAGGUUCAUGGUUUACCUAACGUGCAAGGCUAGUGAGAUGAGGAGAAGGCCAUUCUCCAGGGGUGAUCAGGAUCCUUAUUAUCACGAACAAGACAUGACCUCACAAACUGUAGAAGAUAAGGCUCGGAAACAAAAGGAACUUGCAAAGAAGCAUUUCAAGCCCCGAAUGAUUGUUCAUCCCCACUUUCAGAACCUGACAGCCGAAGAAGCCAUGCAGUUUUUGUCAGAUAAAGAGCAUGGUGAGAAGGUGAUCCGGCCAAGUUCCAGGGGACCAUCUUUUUUGACACUUACCCUGAAAAUUUUUGAUGGUGUUUAUGCACACAAGGAGAUAACCGAAAGUGGAAAGGAUCACAAAGAUAUUACAAGUUUGCUUCGCCUAGGGAAAACACUAACAAUUGACAAUGAAACUUUUGAAGACCUCGAUGAGGUCAUUGACAGAUAUGUGGACCCAUUGGUAGGAUACCUUAAGAGCAUGCUCUCUUAUCGUAAAUUCAGAAAGGGUUUAAAAAAUGAGGUUGAUGAGAUGUUAAGGGCAGAGAAAGCAGAGAACCCUAUGAGAAUAGUGUAUAGUUUUGGCAUCUCUCAUGAACAUCCUGGCACCUUUAUAUUGUCAUAUAUUAGGAGUACAAAUCCACAUCACGAGUAUAUUGGAUUAUACCCAAAGGGCUUCAGAUUCAGGAAGAGAGACUUUGACAACAUUGACCGCCUUGUGUCCUAUUUCCAGAAGAAUAUUGACAAACCACCACCUGAUGCUGGACCAUCAAUGCGAAAUGUUGCUGCAAUGGUACCUAUGAAAAACUCAGCUUGGGGUUCUGGUGGUGGUGGUGGUGGGGAUGCAAACAGUGGUUGGAGGGGAGAUGGUAGUAAUGAUAGGGACAGACCUUUCUCUGGCAGAUCAGGAGGGAGGUUUGAUUCAAGGAAUAACUCUGGUGGUCGUGGACGAGGACGGGGGCGUGGCCGGGGUAACUUUGGCAAUGAUGAUAAUGGUGGUGGAGGUUGGAGUGGAGGAGGUGGUGGUGGCAACAGUGGAGGGUGGACCGAUAACAUUGGCAGCGUGGGAGGCGGAUGGGGCACAGGUGGCAGUGGUGGCUCUUCCCGGGGUGGUGGUGGUACUGGUGGGGGAUCUGAUGCUGCUGGCUGGGGUGGAGCUGGCGAUGACAGCAACCGUGGCGGUGGAGGCGGCUGGGGAUCAGCUGCUAGUGGUGCUGACAGUGCUGGUGGCGGAAAUGGAGCCUGGGGAGCAGCUGCUGGUGGCUCUAAUGACUCAGGAUGGGGUAGCGCCAAAAGGCCGUCCCAGCACAGGAUGGUGGAAGCGGCUGGGGGUCUGGCGGUGGUAGUGGCUGGUGACCGCUGUGUUUUGCGUUGUAGUUCAGACGACUGCUAG